CAGCUGCAGUCAGGCGGCCGAUCCGGAGCCGGGACGUCCCACACGGAGCAGACACUGUCCGGACCGUGGUGCGGGAAGCGGGGACACCGGGCCGGACGAUGAGCGGCCGCUGGGCUGCCCCGUUGCUGCUGCUGCUUUCCGUGUUACAGGUCGGCGGCCAGGAGUCGGGGCCGGCAGGUUUGCGGGUGCUGAAGUCUGCCUCACAUUACUGGCCCUUGGACCGCGUGGAGGGAUUGAACGAGCUCUGCAAUGUGAAUGGAAGCCAAACAGUUCUGCGAUCCCACUGCUUCACUCUGCUCCCCUCCUAUAACACUACCUCUCUUUACACCAUUGACCCUGCCUUCUCUAAUCUGUCAGCGGUUGUAGACGUUGUGGAGGGAGUGGUGAACAAGGGGAUUUACCUGAACGGGAAUGCUGGCGCCACCUUGCUGCACUUUGGAAGCUCCAAGAACUCGUGCAUCAGUGAUCCGGAGCAAUGUGGUGAGACAGGUGUUACCUUUUCCUUCUUCUGGAAGAACCUGGAUAAACAAUCCAGUGUGACCAUGCCAUCGGGAGGCAAGCUGCUGUCGAACCGCUUUUCCAUUUAUGCCAGCAUCAACAAGGGCUUUGUCGAGUUCUACACCCGCAAAACCUCGCGCUCAUGGAAGGCAGCAAUAAGCCCCCCAGGUCCUGACUGGACACACAUUCUCUUCACUUGGACCCCUCGCAAUGGUCUGAAGGUCUACAUCAAUGGGACGUUUAGCACUAAUGACACUUACGGCAAGGAGACUGCAGACGACAGCAACCAGUAUGCCAACCUGGUGAUGGGUGCACAGAGGAUGCAGCCCUACAGCCAGUAUGUGACGGGCUCUUUCGAUGAGUUUGUGAUUUGGGAGCGUGCUCUCUCACCGCUGGAGAUUCAGCUGUACUUCAAUGCAACUACAGGUCUGCCGGCUUGUAACCCAGAAAGUGGCCCGUCUGUGUCCUCGGGAGAUCUGGGUCCCAGCGAUACCAUGACAGAACCUCCAACCACUGUGGGCACAAACUACUCGGGCACGGCCAAGGCAAGAGAGGAAAGCAGGAGGUUCCAGUACCUGGUGACUGCUGGGGGCUCUCUCAGUGCUUCCUCUGUCUUUCCAAAUGAAACCCUGCAGUACCAGACGGCUUCCAACCUGACCGAGGACUUCCUGCAGACGGUGGGGGAAUUCCUGGCCAUGCCCAGCUGGAGCGGCUCAGCCCAGUCUGCCACUGUUGUGAGUGGAUUAAUUGGGACGGUGGACAGGGUGAUGGUUCACGUGGCAACUCGCCUGGAGGGGAGCCCGACCUCGGUCGUCAGGAUCGAAGGAACCUCGGAGGUGGCCGAGUACUCAUUGGUGAAGGCUCCGGAUGGCUCCAGUCUGUCCAAUUACCGCUUCCCAUCACGAGGACUCAGCUACAUCCUCAUCCCCGGAGAGGCAUUUCACAGCAAAAAGCAAGUCAUCAUGGUGGGCUUGCUGUACCACAGCAUGCAUCAGUUCUACAAGCAGAUCAAACCGCUGGAUACCAAAAUCAGCGAGGCAGCCCUCCACAAAGACCACCAGAUCGCCGUGACAAGCUACAUCAUCUCGCUGAAGAUCGAACCCCCUCCCUCGCUCUCCCACAACCUGUCAGGAUCCCCGCUCACCACCAUCAGUCUGACUCACGUCCUGACUCCAGCACAGUACAGCAGUGCCCAGAACAAGACGAGCCUGACCUACCUGUGGUGUGCCUUCCUCGACUUCAGCUCGGGGACAGGGGUUUGGUCCAACGAGGGCUGCAUCCGGAUUGGAGGGAACGUUUCCCACUCCAUCUGCCUCUGCAAUCACCUCACCAACUUUGCCAUCCUCAUGCAAGUGGUGCCCCUGGAGCUGGAGCGUGUACACCAGGUGGCUCUGUCGGCCAUCACCUACGUGGGCUGCUCGCUCUCCAUUGUGUGUCUGACCGUCACCCUCGUCACCUUCGCGGUGCUCUCGUCGGUGAGCACCAUCCGGAACCAGCGUUACCACAUCCAUGCCAACCUGUCCUUCAGCAUCCUGGCGGCACAGAUCCUGCUCCUCGUCAGCUUCCGCUUUGUCCCGGAUACGCUCCCGUGCAAGGUCCUGGCCAUUCUCCUGCAUUUCUUCUUCCUCAGUGCCUUCUCCUGGAUGUUAGUUGAGGGCCUUCACCUCUACAACAUGGUCAUCAAGGUCUUUGGCUCAGAGGAGAGCAAGCACUUCUAUUACUAUGGCAUUGGCUGGGGCUCUCCCUUGGUGAUCUGCAUUGUGUCCGUUACCUCUGCUUUUGACAGCUACGGCAGAGUAGACAACUGCUGGUUGUCCAUUGAAAAAGGAGCGAUCUGGGCAUUCGUUGCGCCCGCAUUGUUUGUUGUUCUGGUGAAUAUUGGUAUUCUCAUUGCCGUGACACGGAUCAUAUCGAGAAUCAGUACGGACAACUACAAGAUACACGGAGACGCAAACGCAUCCAAGCUGACGGUGAAGGCCGUGGCGGUGUCUCCGAUCCUGGGGAUAUCCUGGGCGUGCGGAGUGCUGGCCAUCAACAACUACGCCAUUGUCUAGUACAUGUUCGCAUUCUUCAACUCCUUGCAGGGAUUCUUCAUCUUCCUGUUUCACUGUGUUCUGAACUCUGAGGUCAGAGCUGCUCUGAAGCACAAGACGAAGGUCUGGUCCCUCAACAGUAGCUCCAUGCGCAACAUCAACGUGAAGCCUUUCAACUCGGACAUUAUGAAUGGAAACCGAGCCAUCACCAGUCCGACUAAGGUGAACACUUGGGAGAAGAGCACGGAGUUUGGGAAUCGCGUGGAGCUGUCUGCGGUGUGAGUCCGACCACACCGCCUCCGCCACCCGCCUCGUCCCAACCACUCCAGGCAGACCUUGGGCAGGACAGGCAGCCACAGUCUUACACAUCCUCCUCCUCAGGACAGGAGAGGCUGACCGCCAUAUCUGUCGUCCUGUGGUUCGUGUCUGUCUGUGCUGGGGGUGAACCCAGCCUCUGGGAGCAUUGACUGUGCAGGAGGGUGGGGAGGCCAUGCACCCUCGGGGACUCCUGCCCCUACCUGUAUAUAACGUGACCUUGUCCUCUCUCAGAGCCACUGCCCAGGGGACUGUUUAAUGUGUUCUCACAUCAGUAUGACAAGCACACAAUGUGCAGUAAUUUUAAGCCAAAUCAUUGACUGUUUCUUCAGAUGUGGGAGCAGUGUAGUGUGUGUGUGUGUGUGUGUGUGUGUGUGUUGGGGGGACACGCAUUCUGUGUGCAUUUGUAUAUAGAGCUCUGUCAAGACGCCAGUCAGAGACUGAAGUAUGUGUUUCUCUGUAUCUCUCCUGCUCUGAUCUCCAAUUUGUCUCUGUUAAAUGGUGACACAUUCCUGUCCCUUCUCUGUCCAGGUUUUUCGAAUCUCUCUCAGGUUUAAAACCCACUUGGAUUAAAAGCUU